CCUCCCCUCCUUUUUUUCUUUUCCCUCCCCUUUUAAAUUCUCACGCCCACCCGCAAUCGCCGCAAACUACAAAGCGAGCCAAACUUUGCCCCACACCCAAGGCCACGCGCGAGAGAAGAGAAUUCGCCAAUUCGGAGGCAAAAAUCCAAGCGCGACGCAGCUCAGCCCAGCCGCCGGAGGAAGGAGCAUCAGGCGAGGCGCGGCGCGGCAAUGGGCAACAGCAUCGGCGGGCGGCGCAAGGGCGCCAAGGUGAUGCAGCUGGACGGCACGGCGUUCCGGGUGAAGCCCCCGGCGUUCGCCGGCACGGUGCUGCGCGACCACCCGGGGUUCCAGCUGCUCGAGUCCGAGGAGGUCAAGCUGCUCGGCGUCCGCGCGCGCCCGCUCGCGCACGACGCGCCGCUCCGCCCCGGGCGGCUCUACUUCCUCGUCGCGCUGCCCCGCCCCACGGCGCCGCCGCGGCGGGCGUGGUCAGGGGCGCUACACGUCGGCGCGCGGGAGCGGCUCGAGUCGCUGAUGCUCACCCGCCGGUCCACCUCCGACCUCUCCCUCCCGGCCUCGGCGGCGGUCGGCACCGCGCCGCCGUCCCCGAUGUCCACCGCCUCCGAGCCGGGCGGCGGCCCCGUCCGCCUCAGGAUGCGCCUCCCCAAGGCGCAGGUGGAGAAGCUCAUGGGCGAGAGCCGGGACUCCGCCGAGGCGGCCGCCAAGAUCAUGCAGCUGUGCGCCGCGGCCAACGCCAACGGCGGCGCGAGCGGCGCCGCGACGCCCGAGAGGGGGAUACUGCGGACGCCCGAGCGGAGCCCGCGGUUCAUCCCCACGCCGGACUGGGGCGUCGCCGGUGGCUUCGCGCGGACGCCGGAGGUGAGCCCGAGGUUCGCGGCGACGCCGGAGUGGGGCACCGGGUUCAUGAUGCCGACGCCAGAGAGGUCAGGGCUGCUGAGGACGCCGGAGAGGUGGCCGACGCUGCCGCGCACGCCGGAGUACUCGUCGCGAGACGUCAAGGCCGCCCGGAAGGAGAAGCGAACGAGGUUCGUGGCGAUGCCAGACGAGAUAAUAGCAUGACAGAAUUUUCUGAAAAUAUGAAGUGUAAUGAAUCAAUCAAUCAAUAUAUAUAUAUAAAUAUAUUGGAAGAAGCAUGUUGGUUUCAGCCAGAGCCAGAGCCAGAGAAGACUGGAGCUGCUGAGCCCGAUUUGCUUCGGUCGUUUUCGUUGGGACGAAGACGAAGACGAAGCCGCCGCCGGUUUCCUGUCUCGUUUCACACGAUCGACAUGGAGUUUUUUUUUUCUUUUCCGUUUUUCACGAUGUUUUCAGAUAGGGUAGACAUGUUAUACUGCUGUGUAAUGUAUAUGCUGAAACUGUGAUGCUCUCGCCAUGAUCUGUUGCUGUAGUUUAGCUGAUGCUUAGAGGAGAAAGUACUACGAGUAGCUCUACGUAUAAAGAUACAUUACUUUUGUGCAUAGUGUUAGAAAAAGUGCCAACAAAAUCGAUCAUCUCGUGUUGCUCUUGUUCGGCUCCGUUCUGUAGAUAUUUGGUAAGACAAAACGGCUUUGUAAUUUGUUACUUGCUUGAUGGAUUUUUUGUUCUUAUUCUUAA